UCUGUGACACCACCACGCACAUAUCCACCAGUUGCCCUACUUCCUCUUCUUCUAAAACUCUCUCAGCUUUCCGGCAAAAAAAUUCUCAGCAAGUAUGCCGAGCGAAGGAACCCUAAACUUCGUUGACAUCCUCAUCGCCAUCCUCUUGCCUCCUCUUGGUGUCUUCCUCAAGUUUGGCUGCCAUGUGGAAUUCUGGAUCUGUUUGUUGCUGACCAUCUUUGGUUACAUCCCUGGGAUUAUCUACGCCGUCUAUGCCAUCACCAAGUAA